ACGGAGCUUAUUACAGGCCGUCAUAAGGUGCGGGUCACGCCAAGGAGAGUCGGGUUCUUGUUGACGACUUCAGUAUAUACGUAACAAGCAAACAUGUGUGACGACGACACUUGCGCGCUCGUGUGCGACAAUGGCUCCGGCCUCUGCAAGGCUGGCUUCGCCGGAGACGACGCCCCUCGUGCCGUCUUCCCCUCCAUCGUCGGCCGCCCCCGUCACCAGGGUGUGAUGGUCGGUAUGGGUCAGAAGGACGCCUACGUCGGUGAUGAGGCCCAGAGCAAGAGAGGUAUCCUGACUCUCAAGUACCCCAUCGAGCACGGUAUCAUCACCAACUGGGACGACAUGGAGAAGAUCUGGCAUCACACUUUCUACAACGAACUCCGUGUUGCUCCUGAGGAAUCUCCCGUCCUCCUCACUGAGGCUCCCCUCAACCCCAAGGCCAACCGUGAGAAGAUGACCCAGAUCAUGUUCGAGACCUUCAGCUGCCCCGCCAUGUACGUAGCCAUCCAGGCCGUGCUGUCCCUCUACGCCUCUGGUCGUACCACUGGUAUCGUCCUCGACUCUGGUGACGGUGUGUCCCACACUGUCCCCAUCUACGAAGGUUAUGCUCUUCCUCACGCCAUCAUGCGUCUCGACUUGGCCGGCCGUGACUUGACUGACUACCUCAUGAAGAUCAUGACUGAGCGUGGCUACUCCUUCACCACCACCGCUGAACGUGAAAUCGUUCGUGACGUUAAGGAGAAGCUUUGCUAUGUCGCCCUUGACUUCGAGAACGAGAUGGCUCAAGCAGCUGCAUCAACCUCCCUGGACAAGUCCUACGAGCUUCCUGACGGUCAGGUCAUCACCAUCGGCAACGAGCGUUUCCGUGCCCCCGAGUCCCUCUUCCAGCCUUCCUUCCUUGGUAUGGAAUCCUCUGGCAUCCAUGAAACUGUCUACACAUCUAUCAUGAAGUGCGACGUCGACAUCAGGAAGGACCUGUACGCCAACACCGUCAUGUCUGGAGGCACCACCAUGUACCCUGGUAUUGCUGACCGCAUGCAGAAGGAAAUCACAACCUUGGCUCCUUCCACCAUCAAGAUCAAGAUCAUUGCUCCUCCCGAGCGUAAAUACUCCGUGUGGAUCGGCGGUUCCAUCCUGGCCUCUCUGUCCACCUUCCAGGCUAUGUGGAUCACCAAGGAGGAAUACGACGAAUCUGGCCCCGGCAUUGUCCACCGCAAGUGCUUCUAAAGUGGUGCAAACCACCUUUGUUCUUUGCUAAUUGCUUUUAGCUGCUCUUUCUGUUAUACAGAAGGAACGUAUAACAUUGAGAGUUGGGUGUUAUAGCUAUGACAUGAUAUCCAAAGAACAGAUACAGUUUCUAAGCAAUAAAAGUUCACAAGAUUU